AUGCAAAUAUUUGUGAAAACCCUAAGAGGAAACACCAUAACCCUAGAGGUAGAAGGAAGCAACAGUAUCGUGGAUCUAAAAUCGAUGAUUAAAGAGAAGGAUGGUAUUCCAAUGGACCAACAACGAAUUAUGAUGGGUGAUAAAGAGCUGCUCGAAAAAGAGGAUUAUGAAGAAAGAAUGAAUACCCUAGAAGAUUACAACAUCAACAAAGAAACAACCCUACACCUUACCUCAACACUAAUUGGUGGCUCCCGCCACUACCCUCAUGGUAGCCUUAACUUUGUUCCACCUACAUUAAGAAAAUUAGCCUACGAAACCUGCGUCUGA